GAAGGAGGACGUGUCGAAGUCAACAACUUGCUGGUACUGGCCUUGGUGGAAGGCAUUGUGGAUGUUUACGAGCUCUGUGCGAUAGUUAAUGGGGCGCUCUUUGGGCGCAGGGGACAUGUCCAGGGUACCGACCUCCUUCGGCGGAGUAGGGAUCCAUCUUCGGAGGUGGUGGUGCUUAAGGAUUGGUGAGGGUUGUGGCGGACGUUAGGGCUCAAUUGGUGCAACGGUCGCAGAUAGAAAGAAUGCGCCGCAGCUGUUCUGCAGACGAGCGAGACGAAGUUUGGAUUGCGGGGUAUGGUGUAAAUGCGGUCGUAUUCUCUUUGGGCUUCCCCGUGGUGUUGACAGCUAUGUCCGGAUCUGCUACGGCGGCCCUCGCCGACCAGCUGAACAAGGCUGUAUGGGCCACCGUAGAAUUGGAUUUCGGACACUGACAGGACAAGACUUGAC